CUCUCUGCCCCCAGGCUGUGUCUGCUGUCUGUGGUGCUCAGCCUCCUCUUCGCCGGCGUGCAGCUCUCCCAGCCCGAGCCCGAGGCUCCAGGCAGAGCGUCCCGGCAGGCUCCCACAAGCGAGGGGCCGGUGGGGCCCUUGCAGGGGGUGUGGGGCCCCUGGGGCGCCUGGACGCCCUGCUCUCGUAGCUGCGGGUUUGGGAUCUCGGAGAGGAGGAGGCAGUGUCUGCUGCCAGUCGCAGACCCCUCACAGACCUGGGGACCCUUUCCCCUCCACCCGGCGGCCCCCCCCAGCCUCAGGGAGCAGGGCGGCGUCAUUUCGGCACUGCGCCCCAAUUACGCCCCGCUCCGAGAGUUGAGGAAACCCCCGAGCGACCCCUCUCUCUACGUGGGACCCCCCGACAGCAGCAGGCAGCCCCAUCACCUGCACUCUCCUCAUUCAGCCAAUCAGGAGCCAGGGCUGUCUCUCUACAGCACCGGUCCAGACCCGGUACACCAGCCACCCCUGACCUAUCAGGAGCCUCAGUUCCACCAGCCCGAUUUCUCCCCGGCCAAUCAGGAGAUGGUCUCCCUCUACCGCCAGCCCUUCUCCUCCUCCUCCAAUGGCUACAGCCAAUCAGGGAGGACAGCACAUCGGCCAGCCAAUCAGGGAAGAGGGAGAGGAGGUGGUGGUGGAGGAGGCGGGAACAGGAGGUCUGUACCGACCAGUCAGGACGCGGGUUCAUCUAGGAGCUCCUCUCUCUCCCCCUGUCUAUCUCUCCCCACCUGUCUCUCUCCCCACCUGUCUCUCUCAGUGGGGGCAGGCCAGCAGUGUGAGCUGACCUGUCGGCCAGUGGGCUUGAGGUUCUACGUGAGACAGGCUGACAGGGUGAGGGACGGCACCCCUUGCCAUAGCAACGGGACGGACAUCUGCGUGGACGGGGCCUGCCUGAGCCUGGGCUGUGAUGGGGUCCUGGACUCCAGCCUAGCUCUGCGCAGCGGCUCCGGGCAGCCCCUGGUCAAUGGCCGCUGGGCCAUCGACCCCCCGGGCCAGUACGAGGGGGGGGGCACCGUGUUCCAGUACCAGCGGGCAGCAGGGGGAGGAGGAGGGGAGAGCCUGACCGCCCCCGGCCCCACCACCACCGUGCUGCAUGUGUAUAUUAUCUUCCACAAGCAGAAUCCUGGGAUUGACUACGACUUCCUGCUCCCAGUGGGAAGGGCAGAGAGACCCACCCCGCCGGCCCAUCAGCCCCGGCCGGACUUCGGUGCCCUGACCCUGCAGGCUGCCCCAGCCGCCAGAGAGAGGGGCGGCGCGGGGAGGGGGGCGUUGCGGGGGGAGAGCCCCCGGUCCCGUGGCUCGGCGCCCCAUCGGAACGUGCGAAUCCCGCCCCGCACGGACGUCCCCCCCGACACGCAGCCGGAGUUCGUGUGGAGGAGGGGCCCGCUCACAGAGUGCUCUGCCUCCUGCGGGAAGGGUGUGCAGUACAGGGUGUAUCACUCUCUCUCUCUCACCUGUCUCUCUCCAGGUGUGCAGUACAGGGUGUAUCACUCUCUCUCUCUCACCUGUCUCUCUCCAGUGUCUGCACCAGUGAGCACUGUUAACACUGUGUGUCUGCGCACACCUCUCUCUGUCAGCUGGGAGGCUGGGGAGUGGUCGGAGUGCAGUCGGUCCUGUGGGCCGGGCCUGCAGCACCGGCAGCUGCAGUGCCGCCAGAGCUAUGCCAACCGCUCCACCAUGGUGCACCCUCAGCGCUGCGCCGCGCUGUCCCGGCCCAACGCCACCCAGCCCUGCCAGCUGCGCGUCUGCAGCCAAUGGGAGAUCCGCACCAACUGGAGCUCUUGCUCAGUGAUGUGUGGUGUGGGGAAGAGGACACGUAAUGUUCGCUGCGUCAGCACCCAGGGGGCAGUAGUGAGUGACAGGGAGUGUAACACAAGGCUCCGCCCCCCGGGGAGCCAGGACUGUGACAUGGGCCCCUGUGUCCUCAGCUGGUACCACACUGACUGGAGCCACUCGUGUUCGGCUGGCUGUGGCCCAGGGGUGCAGCGCCGGUCAGUGGUGUGUCUGUCCAGCGGAGGGGGGGCUGCAGCCCCCGAGGGGGGCCAGACCUGCACUGGGGAGAGGCCAGCCGAGAUGAGGGCCUGCAACGGAGGGCCCUGCCUGCCUGCCCUGCACUGGUACACGGGGCCCUGGGGUGAGUGCAGUGUAGCGUGUGGGAACGGGACCCAGCGCAGGGACAUCAUCUGUGUCCAGAGGCUGGGGAACGACAUCAAUGUGACCCACUCUAGGGAUUGUGAGUCCCAGGAAAAGCCUCCCUCCAUACAGAGCUGCAGUGCCGGGCCCUGCAAGCCACAGUGGUUCACCACUGACUGGAGCGCGGUGCGUACAGCCCCUCCUGUGAUUGGCUGUCUCUCCCUCUGCCCUGCCUCUGAUUGGCCGUUUCUCCUUCUCCCCGGUAUCAACUUUCCUCUGAUUGGCUUUUUAUCCUGUGCCCUAUGUCAGCCCUUCCUCUGAUUGGCUGUCUUUCCUUCUGCCCUGUGUCAGCCCUUCCUCUGAUUGGCUGUCUGUUCUUCUGCCCUCUGUCAGCCCUUCCUCUGAUUGGCUGUUGACUCUUUC